GGCCGUGCACCGCCAGUGCGGUGCCGUGUGCGAGCCGCCGGAGCAAUCAGACUCCGGGCACUCCGGCUGGCUGGCUGCGCCCUGCGCUAAGACCGCACAUUCCCUUGCACGCUCGUUCUACGCACCGCGCACGGCCGUCCGGCGUCGUCGCUCCUGCUCUUUGGCCUCGCCCUCGCCACAAAAACCUCCACCGUCUGAGCGCAAUCGGCGGUGGGCACUGGUCAGAGCACCAGCACCGCCAGCGAGCACCAGGCUCCGCCGCUCCGGGCCGCCGAGCACGCGAUUUGUCCCGCGGGCCGUGGCCCCUGCUGGAAAACAGGCCUCCGUGGCUCCGUCCGUCCGGCUCCGGGCCGAGCCCAUGAAAAUCGUUGCCAUCUCUAUUAUCAGAUCAACUCCGCCAGGGACCCCAACUGGGACCUCCGGUGACGCUGCGCCCACCGCCGCCCGCCCCUCCCGGGAAUGGCUCGAGCGCUGCUCCUGCUACGAGUAGCCCGCUACCCUCCUCUCCCGACCUCACCCGCGCUCCUCCAGCCGCGUCUCCUGCCUCAGCCGCUGCUCCGCCGCCACGCGCCCUCCCAGUCCCAGUCUCAGUUCCGCUUCCUCUCCUCCCUCUCCCCCUCGUCCGUGUCCACCAGCUCAGAUGCUCCUAGCGACGGCGGGGGCGGCCGCGACGGAGAAGAGGAUGGAGCGAAGAGCGGCGGCGGCGGCCACGUCGACUACUUGGGGAUGAGCGACGAGGAGCUCAUGGAGCAGUGCGACAUGGGCACGUUCAAGGCGUCCGGCCCCGGCGGCCAGCACCGCAACAAGCGCGAGUCCGCCGUUCGUCUGAAACACCUCCCCACCGGCAUCAUCGCCCAGGCUGUGGAGGAUCGGUCACAACAUAAGAAUCGAGCGUCUGCUUUAUCUCGGCUUCGAACCCUGAUUGCUCUUAAAGUUAGGAGGCCAAUAAACCUGGAUGACUACACUCCACCUGUUGAGCUUCUUCAGAUAUUACCCCUGAAGUCCACCGUUCGAGGGAAAGAUGUUGGCCCCCAAAUUGGUCCAAAUAACUCAAAAUUUUCUCCAGGAAUGCAAGCUUUAUUAGAUCUGCUGUUUGCUGUUGAAGGUUCCAUAUCAGAUGCAGCAAAGAUUUUAGGCCUAAGCACUGGUGCUUUGUCAAGACUGAUUCUGUCAGAUGAUUCUCUCCGAACGGCCGCGAAUGAACUGCGAGCUUCGAAGGGACUGAAGCCUCUGAGGUGAAAUCCUUUGUAAAAUUCUCAGCUUCAAGUGAACCAUAUCCCAUAGGUGCCAAGUUCCAUAGAAGUGAGCCGGCAUGAUUUCUAGGGAAAACCUUCGGUGUCUCAUGCUGUUUCUGAGGAAUGUUCAUCAUCAUUUAGAUUGCCGUAAAUAUGGUCAGUAGGCAGCUAGUAUCUCUUGUUUCGAAUUACAUAUACCUCAAUGUUCUCCAACAGGGCAACACCACUGAACCAUUUUUUCCAAGGCAUCUUCCUGUUAACCACUAACUCGUAUUUGCCAGCCAAAAGUUGUUGAGGCGGCUGUGCCGAAUUGCUGAUUGAAUUGGCUGUAACUACCGCAUGGGUAUACAAUUGCCUUAUAAUUUUGUUUUCUUAUCAGCGUUU